CGUACAUAUAUACAUGUAAAAUUAAGAGUCCUAAAAGAAUUCUUCAGUAUGCUUUCAAAUUUAUACUCAAGAUUAUUGAACCUGACCUCUAAUAAUAAGUUUGCUAAAACUAUAAAGCUUCCAUUGAAUUCAUUGAACAACUUCCUAAUUGCAUUACAAGUAAUUUACUAAAAUUAGAAUCCAAGCUCUAAAAAAACAAUAUAUUUUAGAUUAAGCAACUGAGAACAAGAGAUUUGUAAUUCUAUGUUUGACAACUUUAACUGCAGCAGGUUUGACAGCUAAAUGUAACAAAUUUUAUUUAUGCAGUCAAUCCAUCAUUUAUUAAGAUUACAAGAAAUGCCUUUAUAAGUUAUUUAGGUGCAGGCCUUUUCAUUGUACCAGAAGUGUUUAACCCGUACUUAAUUUAUAGAAAAUGAAUAUUAUAAGUACACAAAAUAAAAUUAAUGAAUACAAGU